CUCCGUCAGCUGACGAGGGCGGGCCCCAGCGACGGUUCCUCAAGGAAGUUUCACUAAGGUUAUCUCGUCAGUGUGCUGCCGAUUCGGGUUUUUGCCCUCCUCCAUGCCAAAGCCUGCUCCGGGGGAGCCUGUAUGAGCAGGGGGAGCCGGCGGGUGACAGCCGGGGACGCGCCACAAUGGAGACGUUCAGCUCCAGGAACCUGGCCCUGCAGGCUGAGAAGAAGAUCCUGAGCCACAUGGCCAGCAAGUCGGUGGCAAACGUAUUCCUGGACGACACCAGCAGCGAGAUCCUGGACGAGCUGUACCGGGUCUCCAAGCUGCACUCCCAGAACCGGUCCGAGGCCCAGAAGGUCAUCAAGAACCUCAUCAAGGUGGCCGUCAAGAUCAGCGUGCUGUACCGCAACAACCGCUUCAGCACCGGCGAGCUGGGCCUGGCGGAGGAGUUCAAACGCAAGCUGCACCAGGGCGCCAUGACGGCCGUCAGCUUCUACGAGGUGGAGUUCACCUUCGAGUCGGGCAUGCUGACCCAGCUGCUGCAGGACUGCCGGGAUUUGCUGCUGCAGCUGGUGGAGAAGCACCUGACGGCCAAGUCCCACGGCCGCAUCCGCCACGUCUUCGACCACUUCGCCAACGGCGACCUCCUCAGCCAGCUCUACAGCCCCGGGGAGCCCUACCGGCCCCACCUGCAGAAGAUCUGCCAGGGCUUGAACAAGCUGAUAGAGGAGGGGAAGCUGUGAGCGGGGUGGGAAGGGGCCUUGCCUUUCUCCUCCUUCUCAGCCAGCAAAGGAUUAUGGGAGUUGGGGGCCUGGAAGCACCUUACUCCCUUACGCACCUAUGGAAAUCCUAGGCGAGGAGCAAGGACCUUCAGGUUUAUAGGGGAUGGAGAACUGGAGGAUCCAACAGGACAAUCAAGACUCAGGCGUGUCCUGGUUGCACUCAGGCCCAUCUGUGGUCUCCGCAUCCGCCCCAGUCCUCUCCACCCCCUCAUGGAUUGGUCCCCCGCCCCCGACUCUUUCUCCCCAUCAGAACGGUAAUUUUUGUACACACUCAUCUUGUCGUUGUUACUAACACGUUAAGGGGGAGAAGCUGCGCCCGCCUCGCCGUGUCGCGCGGGAGAUCUGCUGCAGGGGGGGCACCCGGGCCAGCCUGGGCAGUUACCCCUUGAUGGUUCAGUUUGUGAGGCCAGCGGAGGUGGGGCUGGGUUCAGCUCCGAUGAAGGCAAUAGAUCAAGACCCCCCCAAACACUCCCCAUUGCGGGGUUGCCCGUGACCAAAGGGAUCAGACGAGGCUCCACCGAGCCAGCAAAACAGAGGGGGGUGACAGAUUCGGAGCUUAUACAUCAAUUGCACAUAAACACAACGCCCAGGGGAAGGGACCAGCCACCGGCGUAAACCCCUGUCCUUGCCACAUGGUUCCCCAGCGGUCAGGUCUAGUCCCCAGGGCUGCCCUCGGUGGAGCUCUGUCCCGGCAUCAUACUCAGGUUUGGGAGCUUAGCUUCAGCCACGCAGAGUUUAGGACUUUCCCUCCCCGAGCCCAGCCGCUGACGCUGCCAAAGACAGGGGUGAGUCCAUGAGCAGGGUGAGAAGGGGGAACCCCACGUGAGUCAGAAACUCCGUCAAAGGUCCCACAGGCAAAUGGUAGGGUCCCCCCCAUGCCUUUCCUAGCCAGUUUGCCCUCCUGCCCCAGCCCCUCAUCCCCGCCAGCGCCGUGAUCCCUUGGCUCACAGUUUAUGGCCAAUGCCAUGGCAGCCUACGGUGGGCUGGAAGAUUGGUGGGUUUCCCAUGGCCUGUCGGAGGGAGGCGGGUGAUUCAUGACUCCAGGAGGCCCCUUAGCAGCUGGGCUCCUUCCACUGCGGCCCGCGCGAACCCAGGGGCUGCAGAGGUCAAGCAAAGAUACCAGCAGCUUCCUCGGAGCGGGCGCGUUGGGAACAGACCAGCAGACAAGGCUACCUAUGCUAACUGUCACGGGCAUAGUUAAAGGGUGGGCAUGCAGCCCUCAGAGCCACCCUCCCCUGGGCGGUUUGCUACCACGCUGGAUGCUGCCAGCUCACCGAGAACGUGGCUGGACGGUGCACAUCCCAAGCCUGCGAAGUCAGACAGCACCCGGUGUAGGAAGGGGGAGGCAGGGGAGACCAGAGCCAGAGCUGUCCAAGGGGAGCAUGAGGCCGCCUUCCCGCUCUGAUAGCCUGGCCUGAUCUCCACACACCCCAGGGUUCCCCCCCGCCGCCCCUCUCCAGCCCUCAGCUGCUGGCCUGGCACUAACCCAGCAUAUGGCUUUGUCUCCCCCUCGUGGUUGGGGUAAGAGGCUGAUUGGUGCCUUGGUGGCAUCAAUUAAUGGAGGAUGGGGGGGAAGCAAAUGCCCCCCCUUCCCCAAAGUUUUUGCACUUGCUCAAAGUUCCACAAGCUUUCUGGCCCCCGGAAAUUAAAGCACUCCCAACCCUCCCUACAGGAACCCCUGGCUGUCAGUUUUAAUUUGGCUGGUGCAUUUAAAGAUGGAGGGGUCACAGGUUCGAUUCGCCCGAGCUGGGGGAAGCUGCUGGCUUCUCCACAUUCCAGGAGCUGCCUUCUAAGGAAGAUAAUAGACCCCAAAAGUAAAACCUUCCCUGCCCAUGAGCAUCUGUGCUGGUCCCCCUACAGCCUGACAGGUGGGAAUUAAUCAGAGGAGGAAUGUAAUUAGGCUUAGGUACUGCCCCAACCUGGUCAGCAUUUGGAAGAGCGCCUCCCAGGUGCUCCAGCAGCUUGCACUGGUGGGUCAGUAGGGGGCACUCUUCCAGCCACAUCAGCCCUGAUCCCAGUGCUUGGUGAGGAGCUGCUACACGUGCCGGUUUUCUCAAGGCAGCUCCUUGCAGCCAUUAAAGAGCCUAUGGCCCCAAAAGCCUCAUGAUUAAAAGCCGUUACUGUGCAGCGGGCUGCGUGAAAUGGUGACGGGUCUCAGCCAGGUUUGCAGCACCCAGGUCUCCAUGGCACAAAAGGGGGGGGGGGUUCAGAGCAGGGCUGUUUGCCCAGGCACCCAAGGGAUGCGGAGAUCUCCAGCCCCAGCACCAACCGGCACUCCCCCUAGGCAGGGAGGAAGCAGACGGAGGAGCCUGCGGUUGCCCUGUUGCAGGCGGGGAUGCAACGUCACAGGUUAGCAGAAGCCGGGUGCACUGGGCAGAGGCCAGGGACAGAGAGUACCUCUGCUGGCAACGAUGCCCGCGGGACUCGGACAGUUCCAAGGAAGAGGCGGACUGCAGGCAAGGCCAGCCUGGGGCAUCGCGGGCAGCUCACUACAGCGAUGGCGAACGGCACCACAAUGGGACACGCUGGCACAGCGGGCAGCCGCCACAGGGACAGGCCCAGAGCCGCUCAGGAUUCAGCCAGGGGGAGGCGCUGGUCCUGCUUUCCCCGCCCUGCAAGCCUGAUUGAUCAAUCUCCCCUUCUCAGUGCAUCAGCAGGCCCCUGGCACACUCCACCCCUCACCGGCUCUGCCCCCCCACUGCUCUGCUGCACCCCAGCCCCCACUAUCCCAGCCUUGAGCCCUGCUCCUCAAUCCCAACGCACAGCCCACCCCCCACCCCCGCUGCUAUCCCAGCCCUGGGCCCCCCCAGACAGCUCUGCCACUGCCCCCACCCUGGGCUACACAGCUUUCCCUCUAACACAGGUGGCAUGUGGGCCUUACUCACUGCAAUCAAGAGCCUAAUACAAAUGACAUAUCAGCCAAUACCGGCCACACACUGCAAGGGAGGGCAAAACAUCCAGCGACUGCUCCGGGAGCAGGAUCUGACCCAUUUUUGGAGCCCCUCCCCGCUGACUGCCACUGCUGUACAAAAGCCGACCCAAACCUGCUUUGUGCCUCACCAGGGAAAUAAAGGGGAGGAACAGA